CUCUUUGGUUCAUUAUUGCGUUACAUAUCUUCUUUAGAAAUAUUCUUGGUCCCUCUCUCUCUACCACACAGAUUGAUUAUCCCUUCUAAUCAUCCCCUCUACAAUUCUUGCUGUAUGCUUCAGAUUCCAUCAAGAAAACCAAGAAACUGAUUUUCUUUUUUUUCAACUUCGGUAAAAAAAAAGGCAGCUUUUUGAAAAUGAAAUUUCAAUCGUUUUUGAAAGAAAUUAAGAAACAGAGAGGGAAGAGGAAAAGAGAUGAACUUUCGAAUCCAGCAAGAAAGAAGAUCCGAGUUCAGAACCUGAGCCAAAUCCAAGUACCAUCAUCACCCCCACCUUCUCCUUCAUCACUUCCAUCCUCUUUGUCUCUUUCAUCAGCUCCAUCUUCUUCGUCUCAUAACUGGACACACGAUGUCUUUCCAAGCUUCCGCGGGGAAGAUGUCCGCAUAGGGUUUCUAAGCCACAUUCAAAAGGAGUUUAAAAGAAAAGGAAUCACACCAUUCAUCGACAAUGAGAUCAGGAGAGGAGAAUCCAUCGGUCCAGAACUCAUACGGGCCAUUAGAGGAUCUAAAAUCGCCAUCAUCUUGCUCUCGAGGAACUAUGCUUCUUCAAAGUGGUGCCUUGACGAGUUGGUGGAGAUUAUGAAGUGCAAAGAAGAGUUAGGCCAAACCGUAAUCCCCGUUUUCUAUAAAGUAGAUCCAUCUGAUGUAAAGAAGCUGAGAGGAUAUUUUGGGAAAGUUUUCGAAAAAACUUGCGAGGGUAAAAGUAAGGAGGAUACUGAGAAAUGGAGACAUGCUUUGGAGAAGGUGGCCACAAUUGCUGGUUACGAUUCAAGAACCUGGGAUAAUGAAGCGGCCAUGAUUGAGGAAAUAGCCACAGAUGUUUCAAACAAGCUGAUUAGUUCUGUUCCAUCAAGUGAUUUCAACAGCUUAGUUGGGAUGAGAGCUCACAUGAAAAGUAUGGAACUGCUCUUACGCUUGGAUUCCAAUGAAGUGAGGAUGAUAGGGAUUUGGGGUCCUUCUGGAAUUGGUAAGAGCACCAUCGCCAGAUCUCUCUUUAGCCAACACUCUCCUGACUUUCAACUUAGCGUCUUCAUGGAGAAUAUCAAAAGAGAGUAUCCAAGACCUUGUUUUGAUAGAUACAGCGCACAACUGCAAUUACAAAAGAAGUUCUUGUCUCUAAUACUCAAUCAGAAUGAUGUCGCUAUCCAUCACUUAGGAGUUGCACAAGACCGGCUAAAAAAUAAGAAAGUGUUAGUUGUUCUCGAUGACGUGGAUCACUCAGCGCAACUAGAUGCCUUGGCGAAAGUACCCUCAUGGUUUGGUCCUGGAAGUAGGAUUAUCGUCACGACGCAAGAUAAGAAAAUUUUGAAUGCGCAUCGGAUCAAUCAUAUUUACGAGGUUGGUUUUCCACAUGAUGAUGAAGCUCUUGAAAUCUUCUGCAUAAAUGCUUUUGGUCAAAAAUCCCCAUAUGAUGGUUUUCGAAACCUUGCUCGGGAAGUUACAAGGCUUGUGGGUAAACUCCCUUUGGGACUAAGUGUUAUGGGAUCUUAUUUCAAAGGCUUGUCCAAGGAGGUGUGGGAACGUGAGUUACCAAGGUUAAGAACUAGACUUGACGGUGAAACAGAAAGUAUUUUAAAGUUCAGCUAUGAUGCGUUAUGCGAUGAAGAUCAAGCUUUGUUUCUUCACAUAGCCUGCUUUUUCAACGGUGAACGGAUUGACAAAGUAGAAGAGUUUCUUGCAGAGAAAUUUGUUGCUGUGGAAGGUCGUCUUCGUGUUUUAGCUGAGAAAUCUCUCAUAUCCGUAGACUCAGAAGGAUAUAUAAGGAUGCAUGAUUUGCUAGCACGUUUGGGUAGGGAAAUUGUUCGUAAACAAUCUCCUAACGAACCUGGGCAGCGUCAGUUUUUGGUUGAUGAUGGAGAUAUACGCCAAGUACUACGUGAUGAUACACUUGGUAGUCGAAGUGUUAUAGGCAUAAAAUUUGAGUUGGGGAAGAAGGAGUUGAAGAUAAGUGAUGGAGCCUUUGAAAGAAUGUCCAAUGUCCAAUUCUUAAGACUUGAUAGUGAUUUAUUUGACCAUAUUCUACUCGUACGAACAAAUAGCCAAUACAUAUUAGAAAGUGUGAACUGUCUACCUCGAGAAGUUAGAUUACUGCAUUGGAGCACAUUCCCGAUGACAUGUCUGCCUUCUGAUUUUAAUCCAGAGCUCCUAAUGGAAAUAAAAAUGAGAUGUAGCAACCUUGAGAAAUUGUGGGAAGGAAAUAAAACGAUUAGAAAUCUCAAGUGGAUGGAUUUGUCUUAUUCAAAAUAUCUAAAGGAGCUUCCAAAUCUUUCAACUGCCACAAAUCUCCGAGAACUGGAUCUCGAUAUUUGCUCAAGUCUUGUGGAGCUUCCUUCUUCUAUUGGGAAUUUGACUAAUCUCAAGAAAUUGAAUCUCGAGCUGUGCUCAAGCCUUAUGGAACUCCCCUCUUCUAUUGGUAACAUGACUAAUCUUGAGAAUUUGAAUCUUUCUGGAUGCUCUAGCCUUGUGGAGCUCCCCUCUUCUAUUGGAAAUAUGACCAAUCUCAAGGAAUUGGAUCUCAGUGAAUGCUCAAGCCUUGUGGAGCUCACCUUUGGGAAUAUGACCAAUCUCAAGGAUUUGGAUCUCAAUGGAUGCUCAAGCCUUGUGGAGAUUUCCUCUUCUAUUGGGAAUAUGACUAAUCUCGUGAAAUUGGAUCUCUCCAGAUGCUCAAGCCUUGAGGAACUCCCUUCUUCUAUUGGGAAUAUGACUAAUCUUGAGAAUUUGAAUCUCUCCGGAUGCUCAAAGCUAAAAGCCCUUCCGAUCAACAUUAACAUGAAAUCUCUUGAUGAGCUUGAUCUCACAUACUGCUCCUCGAUGAAAAGGUUUCCUGAGAUUUCCACAAACAUUAGCGUUCUAAAGAUUGAUGGAACUGCUAUAAAAGAAAUUCCUGCAUCAAUCAGUUCAUGGUCUCGUCUUGAUAGGUUACAUGUGUCAUACAGUGAAAACCUCGGGAGAUCCCGACAUGUUUUUGACCGCAUCAGGAAGCUGGACUUGAACGACACAGGAUUACAAGAAAUUGCUCCAUGGGUCAAGGAAAUGUCUUGUCUAGAGACACUAGUAAUCCACGGAUGCUCAAAUCUACAAAAGCUCCGCUCUUCCAUUGGAAAUUUGACUAAUCUUGAGAAUUUGGAUCUCAAAGGAUGCUCAAGCCUUGUGGAGCUCCCCUCUUCUAUUGGGAAUCUUCAUAAUUUGAAGCAGUUGAAUCUCGGAAAUUGCUCAAAGCUAAUGUCCCUUCCAGUGAACAUCAACAUGAAAUCUCUUGAUGAGCUUCAUCUCAGGGACUGCUCGUCAUUGAAAAGCUUUCCGGAGAUUUCCACAAACAUUGGAGUUCUAAAGCUCAACGGAACUGCUAUUGAAGAAAUUCCUCAACCAAUCAGGUCAUGGUCUCGUCUUGAAAGGUUACAUAUGUCAUACAGUGAAAACCUCGGGAAAUCCCAGCAUGCUUUUGACCUCAUCACAGAGCUUCACUUGAGCGACACACGAAUACAAGAAGUUGCUCCAUGGGUCAAGGAAAUGUCUCGUCUACAUAAACUUGUAACGAAGGGAUGCACAAAGCUGGUUUCGCUCCCACAGCUUCCACAUUCAUUAGAAUUCAUGCAUGUAGAAAACUGCGAGUCCCUGGAGAGACUAGAUUGCUCUUUUUACAGGACAAAGUUGAGUGAUCUUUGCUUUGUUAACUGCCUCAAACUGAAUCGAGAAGCAGUAGACCUUAUUCUCAAGACAUCGACAAAAGGAUGGGUGAUCUUUCCCGGAGAAACGGUGCCUGCAUAUUUCAGUUACAGAGCCACGGGGAGUUCAGUGUCAAUGAAACUGAAUGGAUUCGAUACACGUUUUCCUACAUCCUUGAGAUUUAAAGCUUGCAUCUUGCUUGUUACUAACCCUGACGACGUUGAGCCUGCUGCUUGGUACAGGUCGGAUAUAUCUUAUUGCAUCAAUGGCAAACUGAGGGAUGUCGGUGUUUUACUAUUAUUUUCUCAUAUAUGGGACCCACUCUGUCCACGUUCUGAGCAUCUGGUCGUAAUCGAAUUUGAAGAAACUGUGACUUCCCCCGAAUUAGUCUUCGAGUUCAGGUUCAAAAAAGAAAACUGGGAGAUUAAAGAAUGCGGACUACGUCCUCUAGAAAGCUUAGCUCUCUCAUGUUGAUGGAAGCUGAAGAAACAUUUUGCAGUAUGUGUGUAAGAUUAUCAUUGUGUGUUAUGUUUGGUUUGAGUAAAAUGUAACGGCAACUAUAUUUAUGUACGCAUGUGCAUAAAAUAUAGUAAUGCAUUCCGUUGUUUAUCUUAAAUAUCAAGGAAACAAUUUUUAUUAGUAAUCUUUGUUUCCUACUCGUUGAGUGAAAACUAUCUCAACUGAUUGAAGAUGCCACUUAAAGCAUUCUUUCAUGGUUGACUCCAACUCAUCUCUGUUGUCUCAUAAUAUUUUUCUAACUUAUCAGUCUAUAUUUUAUCUGUUCCACCAGACAGAAUUUCUCGCUUGUGCUGCAGAGAUUCUUUUCUUGGAAUCCUUACUGAGCAUUUUUCCUAACAUUCUCAGAUAUAGAGGGCCAUGGUUGGCACGUUCAGCUAUAUCCCUGUUUUACAUUCCCUGCAAUCUUGUUUACAGUUUAUUAUAAAACAACACAUCAAGUUUAUGAACACACGGUUAUCAACUAACUAAAGUUGGCAUAAAGUUGAUAAUCAGAUUAGGAAAACAACACACAAGUACUCGCAUUCCCAGGGUUCACAGCUGCAUUGAAGAGGCUGCUAUUCUGGAGUUUUACUCACCUAAAUGCAGACUCUGCAAUUCACUAAAACUACACACGUAGAGGAUGAGAAACGGUGUCUAGAGAUAAAACAAGUUAUUUCUCUUUCUCCUUGCAUAACACACAAAUACAGAGCUGGUUGAUUGGUAGACUAAAGCAUCUCAUCUCUUUGUUUGAAUGAACUGCAGCUUCUUCGCUAUGACAUCUAUCAUGUCAUUGCUUUGCUUUGUUGGACAAAAAUGGAUAAGCACCAGCUAAAACAGGAGUUUCAAGUAGCUAGCUGUGCUUAUGUCAUCGCAUGUAUUUCCCAUUUCUCAAAAUGAAGUGACCAUCGUUGAUUUCACAGUUGAUGUAAACAAGUAAUCAACAAAAGUUUGUGGAUUAUUUGUUUAUGGCGCACCAAAAAUCAUUACUUUACUAAUGUUGUGGCAGUUUGCAGCGAUAAAUAACAAUGAAUGAUAAAAUACAAUUGACAAGUGAUUUAUCUUUUCUUUAUGUGGUUUUGUUUCACUUUGAUUUAUCAUAGACUCCUUAUUUGUUAAGAACUAGAGUUUUGUUGCAAAAAAAUAGCCAAUAACAAUGAAUAAUUAAGUUUACAUGAAUUUCAAGCUAAAUAUUAAAAAUGCAAAAAAUCAUUAAAUUAGGAAAAAAACUAAGAUUAUGAGCCUAGAUAAGAAGAGGUCAUGGGAGAAAAAAACCACAAGAUUAGUGUAAUAGCAAACUUAUUUCAUGAAAAAGAACACAAAGUUGUUUUACUUACCUUAGAGGCGGCUUAUUUGAGUAUGAAAACGUAAGUUUAACUUGUCCAUAACUUUCUUGUCUUGAUCGCUAAUUUAAAUUCUUUUGAGUUGUUAGUCUUUACACGUGAUGGAGAAAAAUGUGUGCUUAAACUUAAUUUGAUAGUAAGGACCACAAAUCUUUGUCGAAUUGACAGAUUGCUCUUACAAACAUAUGGCUUUAACAAUGUUCAAGGCUUCUUUUAACACCCGCCUUCACCUCUCUCGAAAACGAAGUGUUACUACCGGUAAAAUAUCGACUUACAUCGAAUUAUUCAAAACCAAAUAAAAUACUAAAACAUUUAAUAAAAUAGAUUCAAAAGAAAUACAUCUUUAAAUUGAAUUACAAAAAUAUGUUAAAUAAAUCGAAUGUAAAACCGAAAUAAAAUAUGCGAUCUCCAAAAACACCAAACUGUCCAGAUAUCCAACAUUCGACAAACUAACCUGCAAUGGAAAGAAAGAAGGGUGAGCCACAGGAAAAUCACUCAGUGAAGUAUGGGAUACUAAACACGCAAACCACUGACUCAGUAAUAGAAUUCCCAUUAUGAAAGUUUAGGUCUAACAUGAACAAACAUGAUGCCCUAGCGCAUCACACAAAACAAACAAUGCGCUGAUGGUACAUAGCUAGUCCAUACACCCCGCAUUCUCCUCAUACAGAUAUACGAUAUUAUAAUAUGUGUCGCUAGUCAGGACAUCUUUGGAGCCCCACACUCCACCACUAUGUGUCGAUAUGCAAAUAUCUAUGCAUCCCGCACCACACAAUAUACGUCUUAGACGUCUCUGGGCCCAUGUCAUCCACUAUGAGUCGUUAGCUCAUAUGUCUAUGUUUCUCUGCACUCUAUACGUCGCUAGCUCAGAUUUAUCUGGGCCUCUAUACUCAUAUGCGUUGCUAGCUCAAAUAUGCAUUAUACAUAAAAAUAGAUAUUACAAAUCCAUAGGAAAAACCUAAAGUUGUUAUAGGUUUCUUUCUGACAUACACACACUCCACCAUGAAUAAGAAUUAAAAAAGAAAAGAAUAUUAUCAUCAACCUUUAUCAUAAAUCAAUAUUUGUACGUCUAUAAUUAUGAGUUGAACAAUCAGUUAAUUUGAUACAAUACCAAAGAAAGAAUAAUCGAAAACAAAAACGUUGACACCAUGAUAUAGCUUUGUUUAGCCACUGGCAAAGAGAAAAUGUGUUCUCAAAGUUUCUUCAUCUUUCUGCUUUCAUAAGAACUUAGGGGGCUCAAACUCUUGAAUCUAAAAAUAAAUAUCAAUUCAAGCAUUUGUGAAUACAAAAUCAUGCGCGAUGCGCGGGCCUGCCCUAGUAUAUAUAUAUAGCUUAUACGGUGUUUUUAAUAAUUCAGUAAACUUCUGCAUCGUAGUUCUUAGAACGCAACUCAUCUCCAGAUGGCAAAUGAGGGUCAAAAUCAAGGAGAAGCCCAACCUAUGAAUGUCUUAGGUGUUCUUAAUCAUUCCAAAGUGAAUGGAUCACUGUGGUAAAAAGAAAGUACAUAUAUUUUAUAUACGUGAUUGCGUUAUAUUUUUAUUUUUCUCUACAGCUACAAAUUAACGUGAUUCCCUAAUUACUAAUGAGAUAAGAACAAUCAUUCGAUCUGAUUUUCCUGGCCUGUAUUGGAAUUGGUCAGCUACGCUGCAACAUGUAAAAGAUGUACACAUUAAAGGUAUAUCAUAGAAACAUUACAUAUACAAAAAGAUAAAACCGUCAGAAUAUAUUUUUCUUGUUUUAUGUUUGCUAUGACUAUAGAUCAAAUGAUGAGACUUUCAAGAAAAAGGUGCAAGACAUUUCUGAAGAAAUGCAGAUAUCAAAGAAAGGCUGAGCGAACUUGAAGGAUUGGAGAAAGAUGAUAGCUAUCUUAUGUCCAGCUAUUCUGUCCACUGGUGUCAACGUUAAGUUUCAGUUGGCUGCUUUAGUUAUUUUUCUAAGUUCUUAUUAUUUUUUUUCUCAAAGUUCUUAUUACGUUUAUCUAGCUUUCAAAUUAUUAUUGGGGUUUCUCUAAUAAUGCAUUGUUAAACUUUUUAAUAUUUUCUUAUUUAAUAAAGUUGGUUAUUUGGCUUUUUGUGUUAUUAUAAAAUAUAUUUGUUCUCUGUCCGGAGUAUCACAUAGUUUCAUACUCCAUAUGUUCCUAGAAAAUCUAUGUUUUAGAGAAAAAAAAUUUGUUUCAAAAAAAUACAUUUUUUUAUAUUUUCAAUGCAUAAAUUAAAUGUAAAUUGUAAACUUCAAAAAACAUAAUUGUAUCUAUUAAAAUUCUAUUAAUGAAAACUUGUGUGAAAUAGUUGAUUACAAAAAAUAAUGUACUGAUAACUAAAAUUUGAUAUAUUUUCUUAAUAAAUGUGAAAAUCCAAAAAUAUGGAUCUUUUAGCUAAUAUGGACGUUCCAGCUAUUUUAUAGGUCAACUACUAAUUAGUAAAGAAACUUAGUGAAAACAUCAUUAACACUCGAGUCAAAGUCUUAGGGAAGAAUAGAAAAAAGUGAAAAACUAAGUAAAUGAAAUAAGAAAAAAAAAACGCAUGAAAUGUGUGUCAAUUGGUGUAUUGUUUUAUAUUUUUCGAAUCAUGUUCCCAUUGGAUCAUUAGUGGAGCUUAGGUCGGCACUCUAUAUAACUUUAUUUAGACUCGGUUCGAAUUUGGCUUUACUUAAGAAACUUUAAGGAAUUGUUAUUUUUCCAAAUUUUAGCUGUACUUAAUUUGUUCCAGCCAUCCUAAUAAAAACAAGACUUUGAGCUACCAGGUGCUAUGCUUUUAGCUAACCAUCAUACACCGGUUGAAACUUACAUUUCGCCAUGUUGUUUGUUGAUAGAAUAAAUGAAUUUAUUUGUUUCAAUUCUUGAUUUCUUUCCAUUGGAAUAUAGAGUAUAUCAAUCAUAACCAUAAAUCUUAAAAGUAUAUAUAUGAAAUCUAGUCACUUGAUUACCUUCUUAUACAUAUAAUAUGAAUUGGUUGUUAUUGGGUAACCACUACCUCUUCAUCAGUGGGUGUGAAAUUAUUUGCUUAUAAUCUAUUUGUAAAUCAGUAUUUCUUUUAAACAAAUUUAGGCUCAUUCUUAUGCACGAUGACAGAUCUAGAGGAUCCGAUAUAUCUCAUUAUUUCCAAAUGUUAUCUGUAUUAUUCCCCCUAGUAGUAUUCGUGGUCAGGAUACAAGGGGGUACCACUUACCACGAUCGUAUACUCGUAUUCUAUCUCAUUUAUAUGGUAGUAUUAUAUCAGAUGUAAACAGUCACGUGCCGAUAUUCUAAGUUAGUUAACUCUCUAACUAAAACAUACCAAACUACACGUCGACAAAAAUGGAAAAAAAAAUCCAAGCAUAACAACCCACUUUCUCGUCUCACGCGUCUGACACUUAUUAUUAGUGACCAAAUCAACCACAUAGUCAUUUAUCAUUUGAAUAGUUGGAAGCGAGUGAUUUGGUUAUUUGAUGAUAUGUCUUUAAGGUAUCGAUCGGCGUUUGAAUAUAUUUACUGGAACGAGUAGUUCAUUUCUAACAUUAUAUUCAAAUGUUUUUUUUGGGGUGUAAACUGCUUGCAUAUUCAAAUGUUUUACGCAUCCAUAUUUUUAGUAUCCGCAAUAAAAUCUCAGGCACCGCUGGACCAAUGGUCCAUUGUUGACAUUUCGAAGCUUAUUAUACAGCUAAUAUAAGUUAGAGUAAGUAUAUAAUAAUGAUUAAAAAAAAUAAAACUAUACUUCGGGUCUAAUAAGAACAGGAGGAACAAAAAACCUAUUAGAAAUUUAGAAUUAAGACUUUCUCGUACUCUUGUCCGUGCCAACUGGUAUUUUAUAUGCAAGCGUAACUGCUCGUACUCUAAAUUAUAAAAAAAUCAAGUGGUACAUUCCGGGCACUAAGCUCAUACCCAAGACCAAAUUUAAAUUCUGUAAGGAAUAUAAAUCAUAAAUAUUUUAGAUUGUUUAGUUUCUAAUACUAUUUUAUGAUAUUUUUCAAUAUAACUGGAAGCAUCUAAACUACUUUUGUAAUAUAUAUAGAUAUAUAUGCAUUGCAUCACAUUUUGACAAUGCCCAAGAACUUUAUUGAUAUCAAAGCUCGCUUGGUAGCCUGAUGCGGACGACGGCUUUGCGUAAGAACUUAUCAAUGAUCCACAUAUUGCGCUAAGAGUAAUUAAUAUCUAAAUAUUAUAAUCCAACAGUUAAUGCCCAGUUGUAUAAAUUUAUAGGAUUUGUAACUAAAACACACAAAAAUUAAUUAAUGGUGGGUAAACCGACCCAACAGAAUCCAAACUGAUCCAAACCAAAGUAUAUGUCUAACCCGUUUGGUUCAAGAUUUUAUUAACCCACUUUAAAACUAAACCAAACCAAAAAAAAUCGAAGUGUUUUUAAUUAGAUUAAUUAAAUAUACUAAUAAUAUUAAAAUUUAAUAUAUUUAACCAUCUAGCCUAAACAACUAAACAUAAUUUUAUACAUUUUACUUUUAAAUGAAUAGAAUAAAUACACUUAAAAUAAAAUUAAAGAAUAUGAAUAUGAAUUUCAUACAUUAACAUCAAAACAGAAAAAUUAUUUUAUGAUAUUUAUAUUAGAUUUGAAGAUAAUAAUAUAAAAUUAUUAUCCGGUGACUUUUCCGGUGACUUUUCAAAGUUGACAAAAAAAUAAAAAUAUAAAAUUAUUGAUUACAUUUUCUACAUAUUUAUUGUGAUGUUUGAUUUUACGUUUAAAUAGAAAGGAAAUAAUGAUUUAGUAUCAAAUAAUGAUUUGCUUUUAUAAAUCAUAAGUUUGUAAUUGAACUAGAACAAAACUAAAAAAUUAACUCGAUUGAACUGAAAAAUACAAACAAAACCAAAUUAAACCGAACCAAACACAAACCAAACC